GUAUCGUCGUCGGUAUCGUAGCUUCUGUAUUGGUGCUCGUCGUUCGGGUGCUCGUAUUUUCGAAUAUUACGUAAAUUAUCGCGUAAUUUUUCAUAUUUUUUUCUCGCUCAAGUUGGCAUUUUUUUGUUUUUCAUUUUUCGGUAUAUUUUUAUUGGAGAGUAAUUUUUUUCGUUUUGGUGAUUGUGAUCGACAGUGGUGGAAUAUCUGUUGUAUUUUUUCGGUUGUAUAGAAUUAGUAAACGAAAAUAAUAUUUAUAGCGGAGAAGAAUAUAUUCAAGAUGGAUUUCCAUUUCGAUGAAAUUUUUCGUUAGAAUUUUUCCAAGACGUGUUUGCCAUUAAGGGAAUUUUUCCAACGGUAUUUAAAGGCAAAAUGUAUUUCACCAGUGAAUUUUGGAGUCUCGUCGUUUUCUUCGUUUAUAUUAAAGUUUGUGUAUCGGCUCUGAAAUUGACAGAAUUGCGAAUCGACAAACAUACGGUGAGAGGCAACACCACAUUGUUGGAAUGCAAAUUUGAUUUAGAAGGAGAAACUUUAUACGCGGUUAAGUGGUAUAAAGACGGCAACGAAUUCUUCCGAUAUCUCCCCAAGGAUUCGCCACAGAUACAGGUUUUUGAUGUGGCGGGAGUUCACGUCGAUGUGAAGAAUUCCGGGGCCAGUCAAGUGUACUUGAAAUCGCUGGAGUUAUCGAGUAGUGGUCGAUACAGAUGUGAAGUAUCCGGAGAAGCGCCCUCUUUUACCACGGUUACAGAACACAAUGACAUGGUUACUGUUGCGUUACCAGACGAAGGUCCAAAAAUCAACGGCGGCAAGCCACGUUACCAUAUUGGAGACACAGUAGAUGUAAAUUGUACCUCAGGACGUUCGAAACCGGCAGCCAGUCUGCAUUGGUUCAUAAAUGGCGAUCAAGUGAACACGACAUUUUUAAAAGGUCCUUUCAGAAAAUUCAUGGGACGCGAAGGUCUAGAAGCUACCGUACUCGGAUUGAAAUUCAAGGUACAACCGGAACACUUUAGAAACGGCGAUAUGAAAUUGAAAUGCUUAGCUACCAUUGCGACAGUUUACUGGCGUUCGAACGAAGAGAGUGUCGAAGGAGAAAAACAACACAAACCCCCGGUCAUGGAGAUCAAAAAAACCGAAGAAUUGGAAGAUGAUAAAUCUAGAGCAGAUCGUGUUCAAGCUUCGAGCGGAUGUCGAAGUAAAUGCAACUGGCACGUGUUAAACUACAUCCCAUUGCUCAGCUUUCACGCUCUGAUCGUUCCUAUCAUCGCUGUCAGAUGACUUGUUCUACCGUUACCUUAUUGUUGUUACAAUUUUAGCUGAACACGUGUUUUUUAUGCAAAUGUCCAGCGUUAAAAUUUAUUUGUGAUGUUAUAUGCGUAUAUUUUUGUGAUUAAACCGAUAAUGCUUCGAGUUUUCAAAUUACGACGUGAAUUUGUUUCGUUCUCUCGGUAUCGAUAAGAUGGAUCUGGAGUCGUGUACCUACCAUUGAUUAAUAUUUCAUUAUGUACCUACUACCUACCUUUUUUUGAAUGUGUGUUUUGAAUUCUGUCUGUUUUAAUUCUUAUUGUGUACCUUUUUUUUUUUUUUUUUUUUUGAACAAAAAUUUUAGAAUAUUUUUUUUUUGUGUCACGAUUUUAAAAUUACUCGAGAUUUAUCUUAUCGAUUCUGUCGAAUGAAACAAUCCCGCAUUUACCAAAAAUGAAAAUAUAAAAUUUAAAAAAAAAAACAAAAAAGAACAUGGGCAUUAUACAUAUUUUUGUACAGUAGCAAUAGGUACGUAUAAUUUUCGUAAGAUUCGACGAAAAAAAAAAUGAAAUUAAAGCGAGUAACAUAUGAAAGCGAACAAUUUUCAUCUUCGGUAGUCUUCCUUUAGCUCAGAUACAAUAUCUGAUUCUUGAAUCAUUUUUCUCUCUCUCAGAGACGACAAAACGUAUAAAAAUACUUAAUCGUUCGCGAAUUUUUUUCAAAAUAAUAUUUGAAACGUUUCAGGAAAAUAAUACGUUUUUAAAAAUUGACGAUAACGAAAGCAGGAUUAAUCGCAAUGAUGUUUUUUUUUUCAAUUGUAAGUAAUUUUUUGUAUUACAUAUCAUCGUUACGUAUCAGCUCUCCUAGUCAAAUAAGUUACAUAUAUACGUAAUUAGUGUUUUAAAAAAAAUACCUCGUGUAUGUUUUGAGGCCCCGGCCCCCUUCUCAUUCCCAUUUUGCCUCCCUCACCCCGAAUGUUUUUUUUUUCUAAAUGUACAGAAAUAUUCAUUGUAUGUAUAUAAAUAUCGUGUACAGUAUACUGAUACAGAUUGUAAGUAUAAUAUGAUGUAAUUGUUUUAAAUGUUGACAGCUAUUUACACCAGUUUACAUUAAGCUUGACACAAUUAUUAUUUUACACACGUAAUUAUUAUUCAUAUAGAAAAUUGUGAAUUUUGAUUUUUGAUUUUUUUUUUCGUUUUAUCCAUCUUUUUUUUCUGUACAUGGUUUAUUUUUUAUUGGUAUCAUGUUUCAAGUGAAAUAAACAUUAUUACGAUGCGUU